CUGGUCUCUAAUUACUUUCCAAUUCUGUUUAACUACUGUCAGAUAUGAAGUUCUCAUCAUUGUUUGCCACUGCAAUUGCUGCAAGUUCAGCUUUGGUAUCUGCCUAUAAAGAAGAUCCUGUUGGAGGAGUUAAUACUAUUAACUUUUUCGUUGAUUAUUCCAUAAAGGAAUUACCUGAAGUUCAAGCUACUGAUGUUGCUGAUAUUCAUAAUACUGAAACUGUAUCUUUAUUUUAUACUGCUAAGAAUGAUGAAGAUUUCCCAGUUUUAAUUAUUGGUGUAGGAGGUUCAGUCAAUCAUCCAGUUACUGGAGAUAUUGUAUCUAAUUUUACUGUUGGACAACUUGGACCAAUUACUCUUGGACCAGGUGAAUCAGAAAGUUUUGAACAAAAAGUUUCUGUCAAUUUAGUUCCAGGUAAUUAUGUCAUUAACCCUCAAUUAUAUGUUGCUAUUGAUGAACAAGUUAGACUUAUUCCAAUUAGAGGUCAAGUAGUUACUGUUACUGAUUUUCCAAUUUCUUUCUUUAACCCUCAAUUAUUAUUCUUAGAAUUAAUUUUGAUUGCAUCUUUUGGAGGUUUAAUCUACUUUGGUUAUGAAAGUUACGGUAAACAAUAUUUUGCUGGUACUAGUCCUGUGGCUGCUGCUAAAAUUAAAAAGGCAUCAUCUCCAUCAAUUUCAACUGGUGCAGCUAAGCUCGAUGAAAGCUGGUUACCAGAAAGUCACUUGAAGCAAAAGAAAGCCAAAAAGGCUAAUUAAUUUGGUCUGACUAACUAAAAGGGCUAAUCCUUAUUUCACUUCAUUAACAUUAACUUUUUUAAUUCAUCCCUAUAUGUAUUUACUUUAGUUGACUACUACUAAUAAACAGUUAUAUUGUAUACUAUA